AUGCCCGGAUUUACGGCAGAUGAGAUAGCCACAGCCACCAAGAAGGUGGCUCGGGUUUUCCACAAAGAGUCGCAAGGGUUAUAUCUGCUUGGUCUGAGACACCCGGCCAUAGGACUUGCCAAAUUGGUACGGCAUUUGAAACGCUUGUUCAAACAAUGUGCCGAGGACCUCAAGAAUGAAGCAAAAGAUCAAACAGAGCACCUAGGUGCUCGUCUUGUUUCGCAUCAAGCCAAGGUGCUGGCUGAGAUCGUUGUCUUGAGAUCUGGGGAAUCUCUUCCUGUACCUCUGCGUGCGGGCGAUGUGAAGGGAAAGAGCGCCAGUACUGAUAAUGCGAAACAAGAGAGCCCUAACGACGAAGAACUAAUAGAGGUGUUUGGCGAGACUGUGUUUGCGGAUUUUCUCGCAUUCAUCGAUUUUCUGAAAAAGAGUGAAGCGCUUGGAAAGUUUCACGAGCGUCUUGAGAGAUUUGUGUUAUCAGCACGGAACCAAGGUCCUGAAACCGGAUUCAGGGCGGGAGAUCCAAGACGGCCGGAUGACCAGCUCGUACAUAUGUCCGCAAAGGGAUCUGCACCAGAGCCUUUACUGGUUGAUAUCAAAGAAGGUGGUUUCGACCGGAUCUUUACUGGGAAUCAUGAACGAAUCGAAUAUGUCCUCAAGCUAUUGCACGAUGACGAAACUCUGAGUCAGUUACAGAAGACACAAGGCAUCUUGGAAAGCUCUCCACAGCCGUUCAGAACCCUUGCAGUUGUUCGCAAAGUGCAGUUGAGAUGGAAAUGUGUGAGUGGACCCAAAUGA